CUACUGCAGCUCUUCAAGAUGAUGGACGACGAAGACGACGAUUUCUACGAUCCCGCCGACACGGUGCCGGCUCCUCAACAUCAGAAUGGUGCCCAGAAUCCUCCUGCGGAUAACUAUGGAGAGGAAUAUGAGGAAGAAGAGAUAGAGGUGGAUGAAGAUGAUGAUGACUUCAAUAUCAUUACUGAAGCGCCCGCUGAUGCGCCACCUCCAGAAGCCCCACAUCCUCGUCAUGCCAAUCUACGCGCAGAAUCACAACGCCCCUUGUCCGCAGAGUCUCCUCCUGCUCCAAAACCCUCCACCCCCGCUCUCGCCACGCCCAAAGCUGAAUCCGCCACGCCCGUGCCUGUCAGCGCAAGACCUGCUGUACCGACUGCACCGCAAAGGCCGGGCUCUUCAUAUCCUCCAGUCCAAGUGUCCACGAUCGACGUUCAUGCCAACCCCGUCCACCCGACGACGGGCAAGCCCAUCCUACUGACUGACAUGGAUGCGGACUUUCCGGAAGACGACAAGCCAUGGCGGCGACCGGGGUCCGAUAUCACAGACUACUUCAACUACGGGUUUGAUGAGUUCACAUGGGCCAGUUACGUGUUGAAACAGCAGGAGCUGCGCAAGGAUAUUGGGGACCAGAAGAGACAAUUGGACGACAUGCAGGCUUUCCUGGGGAUGGGCAUGCCGCCGAUGGGCGGUGGUCCCCCGGGGCCAGGCGUUCCUCCAAGCAGCGCGGCCCCUCCGAUGCCCGGUAUGCCCGGUAUGCCGGACAUGUCGCCGGAUAUGAUGCAGGGAAUCCUCACGAGCAUGAUGGCCCAAGGCCUGGAUCCCGCCUCGAUGGAUCCCAUGACGUUCAUGCAACAUGCUCAGGCGCUCAUGGGCGGCCAAUCCGGCGCAGGCGGCGGACAGCAGGGUCAACCUGGAUUUGGGGGUCAAGGUGGGGGUCAACAGCAGAUGGGUUACGGAGGAGGUUUCGGAGGAGGUGGCCGUGGACGGGGCAGAAGAUGGUAGUUAGAGUUAGGUUUCAUCAAAGUAUCAGUCACCUUGUUACGAUAACGGCUAUGUGGGGGGGUGGCAUUUUGGAUGGUUAGAUGGUAGGAUGGAGUUAGAAAAUUCCCAAGGUAUAUGCAAUCCAUUAAUU